AUGGAGACUCUUCACGCUCACGAUGAGCUGUUCUCAUGCGUCGUCCUCGUCCUCGUUACCACCAUUACCAUUCUCUACUUGAAGCAACUGUUGCUUGCAGCGUUCAAGAGGCGCGCCGUCUCGCCUUCUCUCCCAUGUCCAAGAGGCCUACCGCUCAUCGGCAACCUGCACCAGCUGGGCACGGCCCCGCAUGACUCCCUCGCCGCGCUUGCCGCCAAGCACGCGGCGCCGCUCAUGCUGCUCCGGCUGGGCUCGGUGCCCACGCUCGUCGUCUCCACCGCCGACGCGCUGCGCGCCGUGUUCCAGCCCAACGACCGGGCGAUGUCCGGCCGCCCGGGGCUGUACGCGGCCACCCGGAUCACCUACGGCCUGCAGGAUAUCGUCUUCUCGCCCCCGGACGGCGCGUUCUGGCGCGCCGCGCGACGCGCGUCCCUGUCGGAGCUCCUGAGCGCCCCGCGCGUGCGCAGUUUCCGCGACGUCCGAGAGGGCGAGGCCGCCGCGCUCGUCGCCGCCAUAACGGACAUGUCCAGAAGUGGCUCUCCCGUGAACUUGAGCGAAACACUUAUGGCGACGAGCAACAAGAUCCUGCGGCGUGUCGCGUUCGGCGACGGCGGCGGCGAAGAGAGCAUCCAGGCCGGCAAGGUGCUCGACGAGACACAGAAGCUUCUAGGCGGUUUCUUUGUGGCCGAUUACAUGCCGUGGCUGGGGUGGCUGGACGCGCUCCGGGGCCUCCGGAGGCGGCUGGAGCGGAACUUCCAUGAGCUCGACGCGUUCUACGAGAAGGUCAUCGACGACCACCUCAGCAAGCGCGGUGCCGAUGCCUCCAAGGGUGAGGACUUGGUGGACGUGCUCCUCCGCCUGCACGGCGAUCCGGCUUACCAGAGCACGUUCAACAGCCGCGACCAGAUCAAAGGCAUCCUUACGGACAUGUUCAUUGCCGGGACCGACACGGCGGCGGCGACGGUGGAGUGGACGAUGACAGAGCUAGUAAGGCACCCGGACAUCCUCGCCAAGGCGCGGAAGGAGGUACGCGGCGCCGUGGUUGGCAAAGACAUAGUCCGGGAAUCUGAUCUCCCGCGGCUCAAGUACCUGAAGCAAGUCAUCAGGGAGUCGAUGCGGGUGCACCCGCCGGUGCCGCUGCUGGUGCCCCGGGAGACCAUCGAGCCCUGCACGGUGUACGGCUGCGAGAUACCGGCCAGGACGCGGGUGUUCGUGAACGCCAAGGCCAUCGGGCAGGACCCCGACGCGUGGGGGCCGGACGCGGCGCGGUUCGUGCCGGAGCGGCACGAGGAGAUGGCGGACCUCAGCGACCACAAGCCGUGGCACGACAGCUUCUCGCUAGUGCCGUUCGGGGUCGGCCGGAGGAGCUGCCCCGGCGUGCACUUCGCCACCUCUGUGGUCGAGCUGCUGCUGGCCAACCUGCUGUUUUGCCUUGACUGGCGCGCGCCGCAUGGCGAGGUUGAUCUGGAGCAGGAGACCGGGCUGACCGUGCACAGGAAGAAUCCUCUAGUACUCGUAGCUGAAAGGAGAGGCGUGCAGUGA